GGCAAGAAUGCUAAGAAUGUUAUAAAAUCAACGAGUGUCUUUUGCCUUGCCGUGCUGCCUGGACACACAGCCUUCCGGCCUCCUUCAUGCAGUCAUCAAUUGUUUUCAGCUGUUACUGGACCAGAAUCAAAUCGGGCUUUGCCUGUGCCUUUCUUUGUACCAACAGUGUUUGUUUGUUCCAGGCCUGACUGAAGACCUAGCCCCUGUUACUUGCCUCUGCUUCCUACUAAGCUCCAUGUAAAGAGCAGCUCUUCCUCCCUGGAGGGGAAGGAAAGGAUCACCCUGUAGUGUUAUGAUCUUCAAAGGACGUAAUCCGGAAGCCCACAAGUGACAGCCUUCGAGGUCCUUAGAAAGCUUGGCCUGGAGAAGAACACAUGAAAGAAAGAACCCUAAGAGGCUUUGUUUUCUGUGAAAAAGUAUUUCUAUACAGUUGCUCCAAUGACAGAGUUACCUGCACCCUUGUCCUACUUCCAGAAUGCACAGAUGUCCGAGGACAACCACCCGAGCAAUACUGUACGUAGCCAGAAUGACAGUAGAGAACGGCAGGAGCACAGCAGUGAAAGGCGGAGACGUGGCAACCCUGGGCCAUUAUCUAACGGACGACCCCAGGGUAACUCACGGCCGGUGGUGGAACAAGAAGAGGAGGAAGAUGAAGAGCUGACGUUGAAAUACGGCGCCAAACAUGUGAUCAUGCUUUUUGUCCCCGUGACUCUCUGUAUGGUGGUGGUCGUGGCUACCAUCAAAUCAGUCAGCUUCUAUACCCGGAAAGAUGGACAGCUAAUCUAUACCCCAUUCACGGAAGAUACAGAGACCGUGGGGCAGAGAGCCCUGCACUCAAUUCUGAAUGCUGCUAUCAUGAUCAGCGUCAUUGUUGUCAUGACUAUUCUCCUGGUGGUUCUCUAUAAAUACAGGUGCUAUAAGGUCAUUCAUGCCUGGCUUAUUAUUUCAUCUCUGUUGUUGCUGUUCUUUUUCUCAUUCAUUUACUUGGGGGAAGUGUUUAAAACCUACAAUGUUGCCAUGGACUACGUUACUGUUGCACUCCUGAUCUGGAAUUUUGGUGUGGUGGGAAUGAUUGCCAUUCACUGGAAAGGGCCUCUGCGACUCCAGCAGGCAUAUCUUAUCAUGAUCAGUGCCCUCAUGGCCCUGGUAUUUAUCAAGUACCUUCCAGAAUGGACAGCGUGGCUCAUCUUGGCUGUGAUUUCAGUAUAUGAUUUAGUGGCUGUUUUGUGUCCAAAAGGCCCACUUCGUAUGCUGGUUGAAACAGCUCAGGAGAGGAAUGAAACUCUCUUUCCGGCUCUUAUUUACUCCUCAACAAUGGUGUGGUUGGUGAAUAUGGCAGAGGGAGAUCCAGAAGCCCAAAGGAAGGUAUCCAAAAACUCCAAUUAUAAUGCACAAAGCACUGAAAGUGAGUCCCAAGACCCUGUGACAGAGAGCGACGAUGGUGGCUUCAGUGAAGAGUGGGAAGCCCAGAGGGACAGUCGCCUAGGGCCUCAUCAUUCUACAACUGAGACACGAGCUGCUGUGCAGGAACUUUCCAGCAACAUCCUCACCAGUGAGGACCCAGAAGAAAGGGGAGUCAAACUUGGAUUAGGAGAUUUCAUUUUCUACAGUGUUCUGGUUGGUAAAGCUUCUGCAACAGCCAGUGGAGACUGGAACACAACCAUAGCCUGUUUUGUAGCCAUAUUAAUUGGUUUGUGCCUUACAUUAUUACUCCUUGCCAUUUUCAAGAAAGCGUUGCCAGCUCUUCCGAUCUCUAUCACUUUUGGGCUUGUUUUCUACUUUGCCACAGAUUAUCUUGUACAGCCCUUUAUGGACCAAUUAGCAUUCCAUCAAUUUUAUAUUUAGCAUAUUUGCAGUUAGAAUCCCAUGGAUUUUUCUCCUUUGACUAUAAUAAAAUCUGGGGAGGAAAAGAUGAUUUUCCUGUGUCCACAUCUAACAAAGGCAAGAUUCCCAGCUGGACUCUUUGCAGCUUCCUUCCAAGUCUUCCUAACCACCUGUACCAUUGGGCGCUGGAAGGAGAUGUCUCCAGAAAACGGUUCGAACAUACAUCAUUGUGAUGGACUGAGUCCCUCGGUGCAGAAACUACCAGAUUUGAGGGACGUGGCUGAGGAAAAGGGAUGGACCACGAAGUUGCUGUGCUCCCACCAGCAGUGUAACCCUUGGUCACAGGUGGAUUUUACCAACACUGCAGACUCUCAGGACUACCAUUACCAAGAAAUUAAACGGCGUGGUGUAAACCAAACAGGACUCCUCAUCUUAAACUACAUGUUGAAGAUCAACCUAACGAACCUGUCUUGAAUUCUGAACCUUUGCGGGAGGUACUGUAAGGAGAGCGGGCACCAGCAGCAAAACGAAAAGGUUUUUGAAACGGGACUCCAACUUUCACUUUCAGACCUUUUUGCUGCAGACUUACCAUUUUUAAAUAAGACUUUUUUUUUUUCACCUUGAGUCAAGUCAGGUGUGUGGGUUGAUUUUGAAUAGUCUCAUUUUCAAGCACUGAAACUCAGUACCAUCAACGGUUACCAUUUCUUCCCAUGGACAGUCUGAACUAAUACGAGGUUGCUUUUUCCUAAAAGUCUUAACCUCAGGUUCCAAAUUCAGUCAUUUCUGGAAAGAAUGGAAUUAUAUCCAAACGGUUACCUAUCAGCCUUAGUUGUGUUCUGGAUUUUUCCACCAAAUUCUUUGUUUUUAGACAUACUUACCGGUUCUCGUGCCCCUGGAUGCUUCCAUUCUUCCCGUCUCUCCCUGACUCCCCCAUAAGCAUUGUCUUAGACACACAGCAAAUGAGACAGCUCUGGUACUCUAGGAUUUUACUCUGUGUGAUGCAAAGAAUGUGUUACGAAUCAGUGCUGUGAGCCGCGCGGCCAUAAUUUCUUCAGUAGCAAAUACAAUGUGUGCCCAAAGACAGUGAAAUUAAAGAAGAGUAAAAUGGCUGGUGAAGCA